AGUAGAUACUAAUGUUAACUAUCGUUAACUAGUAAAAAAUUUCAAUUCCUGUCGAAAGUUAAAUUUACGUCAGAAUUUUUUGCGAUCAGCGGUGUAUUUUAAUACCCAUGAUGCAAUGCAGUAAUGAGUUCGAAGACCGGCAGAUUUUGAGAGAUUGCUGGUUACGGAGCAGUGAGAACAGUUGAUCUCUUAGUCGGAAAAUGCCAUCAGGACGUCAAAGGACUUCAGCGAACGCUCCUGAUACAUCAGCUGUGACCUUGAACGAAAAAAUCCUGAAAGAAUGCCAUGAUUUGUACACAGAAAAGGAAAGAGGUCUUAUCUCUAUUGCGGGUGGCUUGGGCUUAAAUUUGCUGGCUCCAAGAAAGAAGAUCACAAUCUUGCUACUGGGAAACCAUUCUGCAGGAAAAAGCUCUUUUAUCAAUUGGUAUGUGGAAGAGCACGUGCAGAAGACUGGUGUUGCCAUAGAGACCCAAGGAUUUACCUUUGUCACAAGUGGAAAGAAACGAGAAUCACUAACAGGAAAUGCUACAUUGCAUCUAUAUCCACACUUCAAGUCACUGCAGGAUCUUGAAGGUGUUGUAGAUUACUUGACAACUGAAAUUUCUACAUCAAAACAGAAGAAAUUCAGCCUGGUGACUUUUGUUGAUACUCCUGGCCUUGUUGAUGGGGACAUGAAGUAUGCAUUUGAUGUGGAUGAGUCCAUCCUUUGGUUAGGUGAUCUGGCUGAUCUAAUUUUUGUGUUCUUUGAUCCAAUUGGGCAAGCUCUUUGCAAGAGAACUUUAAAUUUAGUUGAAAAAAUGAAUGAGAAGCAAGGGGAUCGGAUCAGAUUUUUCCUAAGCAAAGCAGACACAGCAGGACAUGAAAGUGACAGGCAGAAAGUGUUAAUGCAGAUAACACAGGAGCUUUGCAAAAGGCCAGGACUUAACAAAGCAGGAUUUGAGAUGCCAACUAUUUACAUUCCCUCACUAUUAGACAAGCCUGCAAGAUGUGCCAAUCAAAUUGAAGAAGUCUGUAAGGAAAUUGAAAAGACAAUCAACCAAACAAUACAAAACACCCUUAACACACUGGAAAAAGACUGCGAGAGAAUUGCUGAAUUGGUGGAUGAAAAACUGAGAGUUGAUGUGGAGGCUUGUUCACAUAAUAUCAGGGCAAGAUUGAAGGGUAUAUUUUUUGGUUUGUUGGGCGUUCUUCUUCCUUUUGUUUUGUUGGUGAACUUCCUGGCAAGUAGCAGUGCAAGAGAAACUCUGUAUGGACUGGUUGCAAAAGAAAGGGCAGAAAAACUCUUUCUUUACACUGCUCCUGUAGAGAAAAUGUGGCGGUCGAUCCCUCCUCAACACCAUAACCACACCCUCAUAGGAAUGCUUUUGUUCUCAGUUUUGUUGCUGAUCGUCGCAAAGCUUCUAUCCAGACUUAAACCAACGUUAUCGCGGAAACAGAAAAGGACGUUUUUGGAGCAAAGGUCAUACGUUCAAGUUUAUGUUAAAGGUCACAAGGAUCGGCUCUAUGGGGAAUACCUCCAGCAAAGUGUUGGUUCUCAUGAUUUUGAAUCUGUCAAGUUCUAAACUACUUCUCACAAAUCAUCAGAUGUGCAGACCUGACUAAUUUAAAUAUUAUGGAGUACACGUUAAUAAACUUUUCAAUAAACAAAAAAAAAAACAAAAAAGAACAAGAAA